CUGGCUGGCGCCUUCCUCUUCUUGUUCUUGAUCUUCCGCGCUCGCUCGUGUGCGCGCGACUCGCUCGCGCUGUGUCUCGGCUCUGGGGCCGGUAACGAAGCUGUGGAGGGCGACAAUUGUAGCUUGUGAUCGUCGAUGGAUCGCUUUCCUCUUUCGGGCAAUGAUUGUUGACGAGAAGUGGUCAAUGGAACAUGGAAGAGAGACUCUGCUGAAGGAAAGAAUGACUUUCGUGCAGAUGGGCGAAUGAGAUGAGAUGAGAUGAGUUGAGAAGAGAAGAGAAGAGAAGACACGAGACGAGGCUAGGACAGUGGUGACAGGGUCGCGAUGGAAGACGCGUAAAAUUAAAAAAAUUGUGGUCGUUGUUGUUGGUGUUAUUGUUCUUUGCGUGGAGGAAAAGGUGGUGUGGUGCAGGCGUAGAGAAAUUUCGGAUUUUGUGGACUGGAUUCGCUCGAGGAGCUGAAGGUGUCUCAAAAUGGCAGUGCUGGCAGAUUCCCGAAUAUGUUUUUUUGACCCACUCCAAAUCAGGCUCGAUGGCCCACGCUAUGCCUCGAGCGGUCGAGCUAGAUAUGGAUCACGUAGAUUUAAUUUGGUGAAAAUAUCGUCUAUUGCACCGUUUACACCAAGUCUUCAAAGUACUGGAAAAUUUUCAGCUUUUCAGAAGCAGAGAAGGAUGUGCCCUUUAGUAUUGGACAGUGCCGACUUUAAAAAAUCAUCUGAGCCCCCUCAGGCUUCAAGAUUACUCGGAGAAGUCACAACGCAAGACGAUAAGAUAGAUGAAAGUCAGAAUGGUUCUUCGUCUCUACAUCAAGACAGCAAGUUGUUAUCUACAUCUGAGGUUGCAGCCUUCCGAUCAGAUCCCGUCCGCUCAAAGCUCAUAAAGAAGCUCAGUGAAGCCAACCAAUUCAAUCGCCAUCUUCUUAGACAGGUGGCUAUACGCGAGAAAGUCAUACAGCAGUCAAAAGCGCAGAUUUCUGAUUUAGAACUUGAGCUUGGAAUACUGGUGAAAAUAGCACAGGAGAUUGCGAAAGACGGCGGAAAGCCUGGAACUAGAAAAAUCAACGGCAGAUACAUCCAUUCUCAUCUGGCAGUUAGGCUUGAAGAGUGUGUCUGUGCGCUUCUUUCUCAGUUACAAUCCUGGGGUGGUGAUGACAACCUGCUUACCACGUCCACUACUUUUCUUGCAAGUGAAGCACCCGAACUUCAGCAAACUCUACUGAAACAAUUAGAAACUAUCGAGGGCGUUCGGUCGCGAGAGGUAGAGUGUGUAUAUUAUGGGAUGGCUGAGAAUGUUGUAGUCAUGGGUUCAUUCGACAGCUGGAGUCAUGGUGAAGCAAUGUCGCCUGAAAUGACAGGCACAUUUACAAAGUUCUCUGCAACGUUGAAGCUCCUUCCUGGACGGUAUGAAAUAAAAUUUAUGGUAGAUGGAGAAUGGCGACUUUCAAAUUUUUUGCCCAUUAUAGGAGAGGGCCUUAUGAUGAACAAUCUCCUUGUCGUAGAUUGAAAUUUUCUUUGUGUUGUAUAAAUAUUAGAUCUUUUGUAAAUGAGGUCAAAGGUAUGCAUACCGUUGACACUUGUACGUUUUAAGGAACAAUUACAAGGAAUACAUAGAGAAGGCGUAGAUGUAAAGUUGAAGAGACGUAGUUUGAUGGUUGCAAUGUUCUUUUGUCCUACGUUUGGUAAACACUAAAGUGGACCAUCUCCUUGCAGUUAGCUCAGUAGCUUCAAGUCAGAUUGAGAACUACCAACACCUAGAGGACUUUUAAGAUUUUGGACUAGAUGCUGAUUAUGACAUUUUAUCUCUGGUCCUAUCCAAUACCAUACCUUAAUGCACACGAACAACGUUGUGCACUGGUAUUUAUUCUUACGGUAUGCGUGGAUAGGAGCUGUGUAUCAUUAAAAGGGCU